AUGAGCCAGGGCCCUGAAGGUGAUGGGACUCCACGCACGCCACGCCGGCAGGCUUGGCGCAGCGCCAGCCCCGAGCGCACGCCCACGCCCGGGCGCAGCCCGGAGACGGAGAAUUCGGCGUCCGGUUUGGGGGUGGCUCAGCUGGCGCAAGAGGCGGAGGAGCGCUCCCAGCGCCGCGCCGCGGCGCUCCGCGGGGUCCUGGAGAGCAUCAGGGUCCAGGGCGCCCCAGCGGUGCCGCUGCUGCCAGGAAGGGCGGUCGGUGCGAGCGAGGUGACCUCCCUGAGCGGCGACAGCCCUUCCGGCGGAGGCUUCAGCCGAGCUGAGGCUAUGGAGGAGGAAAGGCCUCGUGCAGUGCCGGCAGCUGCGGAAGGCCCGGAGUUGGCGGACGCCCCGGCGCGGCAAGACCUGCUGCAGGCUUUGGAGAGCAGAUGCAGCAGCCUAGAGAACGCGCUGGAAUGCUGCCGGCUGGAAGCACACGAGGCUCAGGAGGCCUUGAGCCAGUGCCAAGCUGAGCUGGCGUGCCUGGAAGGCCGAGCUGCAAAGCGCGAGGCAGAUUUGCGCCAGGAGAUCAUCCAGCUAAGGUCCCAGCAGUCCAAGGAGCGUGAGCGGCUGAGAGCGGAGGCCAAGCGCUUGCAGUCAUCGCUCAAAGAGGCACAAGCUCGCGCCAAGGCCGAGAGCGAAGCGAAGAUGGCCGCGGUGGACCAGGUGGAGGUCCUCCGUUUGGAGCUCACCAGGUCCGACUCGCGCCGCCGCGAGGCUCAGGCCAAGUCCAGUAUGGAGGAAGCGUUGCAGCAACACCGGGAGCUCGUGAAGUGGAUCGCGCAGCGCUGCUCCGAAGCCCUGGGAGAGGACCUGGAUGCGAGCGAGGAGACCCUCCGCAGGCAGCUUUUGCGGCUGGUGGAGACGCGAGGCAAGAGUGUGGAGGAGGCGAAGGCAGCUUCGGGAGCGGAGAGGUGCGAGCCAGGGCAGCACACCGAACUCCGGGGCCGAGUGCGGCAGGCGGAAAAGGCUCAGCGCCAGCUGCAGCGCAAGAUGCAGGCGGAGAAUGAGGCGCGGGAAGCCGAGCGGGAGGCCCAGGAGGAGGAGUUUCAGCAGCUGCGGCUGCGGGUGGCCACGCUGCAGCGCGCCAAGGAGGCCUCGGAGCGCUACGUGGAGGAGGAGGAGGAGGCCUGGCUGCGGUCCGAGGCGCAGCUGCGGCAGGCCGAGCACCAGGCGGCCAGCGCCUUGUGCACCGCGCGGCAUUGCGAGGCAGAGGCCCAAGCCGCCGCCGGUGACGCCGUGUCUGCCACCGCCAAAGCGCACAGCGCCACCGCCACAGCGCGGAGGUUGGAGGCGGAGAUUGCCGACCUAGAGGACCGCAAUCGUGUGCCUUUGCCGCUGGCGGAUGUGAACCAGGCCCAGCUGCGGCGCCGCGAGGCGGCGAUGCUGGAGGAGUUGAGCUUCUGGCAGUCGGAGGCGCAGGAAGCCCAGCGAAGGGCCGAGGAUCACUGCGCCGAGGCGGAGCGGCAGCAGCGCGAGGCCGACCACUUGCGGCGCGCGGAGGCGCAGAGGGAGCGCCCGGCGCAGGAGAAGGUGGAGGAGGCGAAGCGGGGCUUGAUGCAGCAGGCCCUGAAAGAACAGGCCGAUCAGAUGCGCUUGGACUUCGAGCACGCCUUGCUGGAGGUGCAGGAGGCUAGGAAGAAGCAGGGCAGCGAACUGGAGGAGAGACAGCAUUUGCUCUUUGCGGAGGAGGCGCAGGUGGCGGCGCUACGCCGUGAGCUGGAGCACCGGGAGCUGGCGCAGGAGGCGAGAGAUGCCCAGCUGCAGCAGUCGCAAGAGGAGCUCGGCAGAAGUGAAAGACAGCUUCAAAGAGCGGAGGCAUCCAAGAUGGAGCUCCAGGAGGAGAUAGAGCAGACCAAGACGCGCACAGACCAGGAGUCUGGCGGCGCUGCACGCGAGCUACGCGCGGCGGUUGCAGCAGCUCAGGGCCCAGCACGGCGGGGAGCAGCGGGGCUUCCGGGCAGCGGAGGAGGAGCUGCGAUUGCUGUACUCCCAAGAGGUGGAGGCCGCCAGGAAGGCUCAGGAGGAGCUUCGCCGCGUCCACGCGCGUGA